GAUUGCAGCAGCUCAGUUGCUUUCGGGUUUGCACCAACGAAAGAUCUUCGUUUUUUGCUUCCGUUCUGUAGCGUUUUUUUUCUCUCCCGGUCAAAAUGCGUAUCGGUGCCAUCAUUCCCAACUUCCAGGCGGAUUCCACCCAGGGCCCGAUCGAUUUCUACAAAUGGCAGGGCGAUUCAUGGUGCGUACUUUUUUCGCAUCCGGCCGAUUUCACCCCGGUCUGUACGACGGAGCUGGGUCGCAUUGCCGUGCACCAGGAUCACUUCCGGUCCCGUAAUGUCAAGGUGUUGGCCCACUCGGUCGACAAUCUCAAGUGCCAUGUGGAUUGGGUCAAUGACAUCAAAUCCUACUGUCCGGACAUUCUGGGAAAUUUCCCGUACCCGAUUAUCGCCGAUCCUACCCGGGAAUUGGCCGUUCGCUUCGGAAUGCUCGACGAUAAGGAUAAGGAUGACCCCGAGUUGGCCCAAACUGUGCGGGCGCUGUUCGUUAUCAGCCCUGAUCAUCGGGUAAGGCUGACGAUGCACUAUCCAACGUCGACCGGAAGAAAUGUCGAUGAAAUUCUACGAGUCAUCGAUUCCCUCCAGCUGACCGAUCGCCUGAAGGUGGUUGCCACCCCAGCCAAUUGGACUCCCGGCACCAAGGUGAUGAUUCUGCCGAGCGUUUCCGAAACCGAUGCCGACCGGCUGUUCCCGAAUGGAAUCGAGCGCGUUUCGAUGCCAUCGGGAAAUGUCUACGUGCGAACCACAACUGACUACAAAUGAAAAAGUGCCUUUAGAUUGAUGAAUAUGGUUGCGUAACUCGACACAGCUCGUCUUACCAUUUGCGAAAACCCUUUGGAUCCAUUGACUAAUUUGGACUUCAAUUAAUAAAUAUGCAUUCCGUUGUUUUGUUUCAA